AUGAACGGCUGGUCGAGCAUGUUUGAUGCGAUACCCGCUGAGCAUCCUCUGGAUCCGUCGUCCAGCCGGGCUCGAAGUGGAGGGGUCUUGGGACCACGACCUACCUAUCAGACGCAAAGCCGACCGAGUCUCAGUCGGUUGACCGAUGUCGUAGAGAAGGAGGUGGCAGAAGCUGCGGCUUCUCACAGAGGCAGUCCGCUUGCGGAUGGACCGACGAAUCAGGACGUCAAAGGGAAAGGAAGGGCGAUCGACAUGAUCGAGGUCAUCGUGCACAAGGUCACUUCGACAGACUCGGUCAUGGCUGUAGCUUUGAAAUAUGGCAUCGAGGUCGGCACCUUACGAAAAGCCAAUAAACUGUGGUCAUCAGAUCCAAUACACCUACGGACGGAACUACUCGUCCCCCUUGACGCUUGCCUUCGAGGCAAUGUCAUUCGAGGACCAGAAGCUGGCCAGGCGACCAUAGUACCGCGAGGUCAUUAUCGUCAGAAAGACCGGGCCACUGCGCCUCCUUUGAUACGCUUAGACUCGGACCCUCCGCCGCCUGAUCAUCCUCCUGGCGAGAUCGUCUUCAUAAAGAGGGUCUUGCCUACCUCGCUUCAAGCUGGUAGCAAGCAGACCAUACCGAGAAAGAGUGCCGAAUCGACCAGGCCCGCAGUGCGCCGAAGUACGUCCAUAAACCACCUCAACCGAUCGGCCGGCCCCGAGGCUAGGGUCAGCACGAGCUCUUCCCGACCAUCCUUGGAUCUCGGCUGGGAUUCUCGGCCCAGUCGGAAGCUUCGAUCGAGUUGCGGCCUCGGAACGUCUCGACGCCCCAGCAGAGCCGAUCGAGACCGCCGAGAAAUCUCUGGUUCUCGGUCGCGGACGAUGGAAUAG